CGCUGCUCAAUGCGGAAGAGGCGUAUCUGCUAAAAAAAAAACCAAAAAAACAGUUAGCAGUUAGUUAGCCGAGUUGACGCUACCUGACGUUUUUAAAAGUUAAAAUGUGUAACGGCUGUGUGCAAAAAGAAUAUCCCGACCGGGGGAACACUUGUCUGGAGAACGGCUCCUACCUGAUGAACUACCUGGGCUGUGCCAACUGCCAUCAGAGGGACUUUGUGCUGAUCAGCAACAAAGCCACAGAGGAUGAGGAUGGAGAGGAGAUUGUCACAUAUGACCAUGUUUGUAAAAACUGUGACCACGUCAUCGCCAGGCACGAAUACACGUUCUCCGUAGUUGAUGAAUAUCAGGAGUACACAAUGCUCUGUCUGCUGUGUGGAAAAGCAGAGGACUCCAUCAGCGUGUUACCUGAUGACCCCAGACAGUCUGCGCCUCUCUUCUGAACCUGCAGGUCACGAUUCACUUUUUAAAUUGAGUGUCACCACCACGGAAGUACUGCUGACCUCACGCUUCACGGGUCCAACCAUUUAUAUCAUGCAGGUGAAAUGUUACGCACACUUUGAAUUGUGAUUUUUAAGGUCUUGGUUGUUUGUGAACUACUGUAUGGCGAUAUCAGUAUAACUUUUUAUAGUCCUCGACAACAAUUAAUAUGUAUGUCAAUUGACAAUGUCCUUCAAAUAAACAUUUUUACUCCUAA